CGUACGUUCCAUUGUCUAAAAUACAAACAACAUGGCGAUUGCAGUGAUACAACGAUACGAUGGAGAAACCGAUUGUAGAUGAUAAUUGUUUUCUCGAUGCCUAUAUCUGCGAACCCGGACUUAAUUGUUUGACAAAAAGUGCAGAAGUGUUCAAAAAUACUGAUCGAACUGUUAUUUGAAGUUUAGAGUGAAUUAUAUUACCUUUCUGAAUUUUCUUUCGCCUGGUUUUGCUUUCGGACAAAACAGCGACACACUAGCUUCUCUCUCGCCGCUCUCCUGACAGCACAUGCAACUUCUCUCCAUUUGCCAAAUUUUUGAACCCGAAACCUACAACGACAGCUACUGCAACGCCCGGUACAUGCAAAACUUGGAAUUGGUUUUGGAACACAGCCAGGAUAGCGCAGAACGUGUAUUACAGGAGUCACUUGACAUUCAUCGACUCCUGCGAUUGACGAUACAUUUCCACAGAGUAAACAAAUCAGCGACACCAAUAGAACUGUUGCAAUUUUAAGGCAUCGCUGAUUGGGUACAAAAUGGGACUUACUCUUACCUCCCAAGCGCAAACAAUUCCAACCUGAACCGUAAUAACCAGCAAAACAAGAAGAUGGCUGCCAAAGCAGUUCUAAUCUGCCGAGCAACUUCCCACCCAUUUCAGGAGCGUACAGUUUCAUUGGAACAGCCGGUUAAAAUUGGUCGUUCUGUUGCGAGAGCUCGUGCUACCCCAAACAAUGCAAUAUUCGAUUGUAAAGUGCUGUCCAGAAAUCAUGCCUUGCUGUGGUUCGAGGCAGGCGUAUUUUAUAUCCAAGACACAAAGAGUAGUAAUGGUACUUUCAUCAAUAGCCAAAGACUUAGCAUAGGUGGGGAAGAAUCUGUACCUAAAGAAGUAUGUUCUGGAGACAUUGUACAGUUCGGAGUAGAUGUUAUGGAAAAUACCAGGAAAAUCACUCACGGAUGUAUAGUAGCUACCUUAAAAUUGUACCUGCCUGAUGGAAAAGAAGCUAAAGCAAGUUUCAGCACUUUGGUUGUUAGACCGACAAGCAAUGUAUCCCUGGAGGAUUUGUACAAAUUAAAUGAGUUCAUACAAGAAGCUAAUAGACGAGAAGAAAUAACGAAUGGGAAGCUUGUCCAUUUGCAAAGGCUUUUAGACACAACUAGACGAGCUGCUGAGCAAUCAUGGAAAGCUUUGAUAGAUGAAGACCGUUUGUUAUCUCGUGUAGAAACUGUUGAAAGCCAGCUGAUUGCUUAUUCAAAAAACUUUACAGAAGAUAAAAUUAGAAAUGAACUUGUUAAACUUCAGGAUGACAAGGCCAAGUACCAAGAAACAGCAAAGAAAGCCUUGUACAAAAUAUUACAAGAAAAGCUCCAAGUUGCACAAAAAUUAGUUCACCUGGAAAGACACCUAAAUGACACUGAAGAUGAGUGUCAAAGCUUGCAUGAAGUGGCUAAAAAUACACGGUCUGAACUUCAGGAACUUGCUGCUAAAUAUACCGAAGCACAAACAAAAGUUAAUGAAUUGACAGCUAAGUUGACAGAGACUGAAAACCAGAUGAAACACAUCGUGGCACAAGCUGAACAAGAGAAGGAGGGAUUGUUGGAGAGAAUAAAACAUCACGUGAGGAUAGAGAAAAGUUUACAGGGCAGGUUGAGGGACUCACGACUUGACUCUGCUAAAAUUCAUGAGAAAGUUACAGCAGUCAGAGAAUACCUGGAAUCUCUUCAAGAUAUGAAUUUGAAUUUACUCACUGACGAAGCGCAAAUUGCCAUCGAUAACAUUCUGUUAAGAAAUAGUGUGAUGCUACCUGACAAUUUUGAUAAUAAUGAAGAAUGUUACUAUUAUCCUAUCAAAGUUGAGCAUGACAAUCAAAUAAAUUCAAACAAGAGUAAUCUAGAUGUAUCGUUAUCGGAUAUGGACAAAAUUAUGGAAUGUAUUGUAAGUCCAUCAUCCAGGAAAAUUAUAGUAAAUGGAAACGCGAAUGUGGACAAUUUGGAUUCCAGCAUAGAAUCAGACAACAAUUCAGAAACUAACGAUGAAACUUGUACAGUGCUGAGCGACAGUGGCAGUGAAAAGUCUGUUGCCGAAGUAAAAAAAGACAACGAAGACAACAGUACGCCUACAAAAACAGCAACUCAACCAGCCAGACUAGAGGUCCGAUUUGCAUGCGAAGAAAAUGGUGAACCAUUAGAGGUCCAUUACCAGCCAGAAGAUCUGAUUGGGGAAGGAACUGAGUCGCCUAACCCAUCUCAUGAACUGAGCAAUGUUAAACAUACCGAGAGUGAAUCAGAGAAUAUCAAUGAACCUUCGGAAGUUUGCAAUAAAGAAAAGAAACGUGAAAAUAGCAAAGAGCGUGAUGAAGAUGAGGAGGAAUGCGAAGGGGAACAUCUGGAUGGAGAUUAUGUAAAAACAUUGAAGCCGAUAUCAAAAAACGACUCCAUACAGCAAAGUUUACAAUCUAAAGAAUAUGUUCUGCAAACUCUAAUCGGUUCUUUAGACUCUCUAAAAGACGAAGAUAACUUUGAGGCACAGCGAUUGGCCAAUAAAGAGUUGGACGAUCUUAGAGAUUGGUUAAUCCAUGAAUCAAACGAAACUGUAAUUAGUAAAUUAAAAGAAUUGUACUAUCGUGCUAAAAAUGAAACACAACGUAUCCAAGAAAUCAAUGAAGAACUUGUAAUUCUUAAAGAGAAGUGUAACACUUGUACAGCUAAAAACACAGAACUAGUUAAAGGAUACGAAGCUCUGAAAGCUCAAUGUGGAGAUCUGUUGAACGUUUCAUACACAGUCCCCAUACAAUACGUUAUCCCACUUGCAGUAGCAUUUUUAUGGAUGCUGUUUGGAAAAAUAUUCUAAUGUUCUCUGAUUCUGUACAUAGUUCUUGUUCGUAAUAUUAUAUUUGAUUUUUUAUGAUGUUAUAUGUUAAAGUAUAGCAUGAAUUAUAAUAAACUAUAAUAACAAUAAUGAUAAAAUUAAUAUAGGCAUUACAGGAUACUCCAUUACAUAGUUUCCGUUUGAAUCGAUCCUUUUUUAUACGAAAAAAUGAAUUUAAGCAAAUUAGCAGUGUACAUAUUAUACAUAAAUCUAUUUAAUCGUAAACGUGAAAUUGUGAAAAAAGAUAAGAUAAUUUGCUUUUAUUAAGUGAAAAUUGUUUAUGCGAUGAAAUUUGAAAAUAUCUUAUCAUCUUUAUUGAAGAACCAAAACCAAAUAAAGUGUUUCUUCUUUUCACCCAGGAAACGUUACAUCACCUGAGAAAAAGUAUUCUGAUAAUUUUUUGGACUUGGAGACGCAUUACAAAAAAAAAUAUACAUACAUAUAGACAAUACCGUAUUGAAAAUUAAUCAACAAGUUGCCAAUCUCGAUACCAUAUCGUAUUACCCUUACCGUAAUACCACUUUAACGUAAAACGUAUUUCCGUGAUGCGAAAAACAAACAAUUAAAAAAUAGUUCAAUAUGAUUCAAUGAUAUUAACAAUUACUACGCAUUCUCAUUCUAAAAUUAUUCCUCAACUACAUCGGUAAUAAUAUAAUCAAAGAAUGCGAAAUUUUUAUAAACUUAGCACCUGAGAUCUUUUAUACUCAAGACUAAAUUAAUAUUCAAUGAAAUACCAUUAAUUUAAAAUUGUACCCAUCAAUUCUGUAUUAUAUCAACAAAAAAUGGUACUCCCAAAUGGCCUGUGAAAAGCACUUGGUUUUGUUACGUGUUAAAAAUUUGUAGUAAGAAUGCAUUGAUACGACGUUACUUGUUAGCUAGUUAUUAUGUUUUUGUUGUUUACAUUAUUACGACAUGGCUUAGCGCAUAGAUCAAUAUCUUGUGGAUCAGUAAAGGCCUAGAAUUAUUUUCUUUUUGCAAUAAUAGAAGAGUUAUGUUAAGCAAGAAUUGAAAUUUAUUGUACUUCAUUUUUUUAGCUUGUUCUUUGUCGUUUUUUCGUUAGCGUGCCAUGCUCUAAUUUGAUUCUCUUCACUCGAAAAACAAAGAAAAAUAUAUAUGAUUAAGCAAAGAUAUCAUUUUCCAAGCAAAACACGAACUUGCUGUAUGAACAAUUCAACUCCUUCGAAGAUUUGAAAGGAAAGAUAAGAUAAUAAUAGCGAUUGAAUUCUGUAUAUAUUUUGUUGAUAUAACAUUAUUACACAUGUAACAGUCAUUAUAUGAAAGGAAAUAAAAUUAAAUUAAUAGGAA